ACAGACAGGCCUUCAUUCAAGUUUUUCACAACCUUCCCGACGUAAAAUGGCUUUGCCUCCCUCCCUUCGUCUUUCAGUAACACCACCAGAGCUCGAGCUAAUAGCUUGUGAGCAAUUGAUAGAGAUCAUACCACUUGUCGCCAUGGAACGAACGGCUUUCAUCUCUGGCGCGUUCGGCCCUUUGCGCCCUCCAGCGAAAUGCAAAGUACCAAUAUGGAUGGCCACGAAUUUGAAGCUGAAGAAGAAAUGUCAUAUUGUUCCACCCGACUGGCUGAACGUCGACUUCCUGCAGGAUCGUCUCACACACGAGACCUCUCAACCUGAAUUUAGCCAAUUACCAUUCCGAUUUGCGGAAGUAGCGAAGGUCUUGCUAGAUGUUGCAUCGGAUGACUUCGAAAACCCGGAGAGGUUACGUUCGCUUCUUAAAGAUAUACAAGAGGCGCGACAGGCAAAAAGUCGAGAAGGUCUUUCGAAGAUAGACCAUAGUGAACUGAGUCUUCCGAAUCUAUGUUCGAUGGAGAUCAACGAGAUUCGACCAGUCUUCAUCAAAGCCAUGGGUGUUCUCUCACAACUUGUGAGGGAGCCAGAAGGACGGUUACCUACUUGAUCCCUAGAGCCUCAUCAGCCAACGUUGUACAUUAACACAUGAAAUUUGUAUCAAUAGCAUUCAGAAAGCAUUCGUAGCAAAGCAUAAGCAAGA